AUGCCAACCACGCACAAAGACCGGAGGGAAGAGAGGCCAAGAAAUGCAAGUUUCCCUUCACUGGCUACCAAACUGCCCCGCGCAACAGUAAAAAGAGCUUACCGAGGCAAGGAUAAGCCCGGCCCCCACGCCUGGACUACGACCCGCCCGGAGCCCCGCCAACCUCCGUUCUGGCCUCUGCCCCUUCUUCGACCACCUGACCCCGCUGCGAGCCGGUGGCAGGACUCCGCCGCACUCCCGCGGGAGGAAGCUGGGACUCCUGCCAGGGGCUCCGAGCGCCGCAGCGCAGCUCGCCGAGCCCCCGGCCCGCCCCGCCCCUCGCCGGCCGAGCCCCGGCCGGAAGUGACGUCGGCGGCCGGCGCGCUCUUCCGGCCCUGCCUCGGCGAGCCUGAGAGACUUGUUACCUUCCGAGUCGUGCGGGCCACUCCGGCUUUUGGCCGGAGGUGUAGCCUUGCUAUGGAUCUUCAAGUUUUCAAUGGAGAAAACCCCUACAAAUUGGAGGAAUAUGAAAAGAGCUUCCAGUAUUUUCCAUGCCUUACUAAUCCCAUGGAAACCCACACUGAAGCAACACUCUGUGAAUGUGAGGAGUGUUGGAGAGCAUUUGCCUUUUCCUCACACCUGAGUCAAUAUGUAACAAUUUCUUCUGGAGAGAAAUCCCAAAAAUGUAAGGAAUGUGGGAAAUGCUUUGCUACUUUUACUCAACUUUCUGCUCAUAUGGAAGUUCAUACUGGAGAAAAGCCCUUCCAGUGUAAAGAGUGUGGGAAGUGCUUUACAAGUAACACAUACCUUAACGAUCACAGGAAAAUUCACACUGGAAUAAAGUCGUACAAAUGUGUGGAAUGUGGGAAAGCCUUCCUGAGGUGGUCAGGCCUGACUGAACACUUACGAGGAGUUCACAGUGGAGAGAAGCCCUUUGUGUGUAAGGAAUGUGGGAAAGCCUUCUCGAGAUCCACUCAGCUUAAUGAACACACCAGGACACACACUGGAGUCAAGCCCUAUGAAUGUAAGGACUGUGGGAAAGCCUUCACUCAGUACUCAGGCCUUGCCACCCACGUACGCAUUCACAGUGGAGAGAAGCCCUUUCAGUGUAAGCAGUGUGGGAAAGCCUUCACUAGGACCUCAGGCCUUAUUCACCAUGUGAGAACACACACAGGCGAGAAGCCUUUUGAGUGUAUUCAUUGUGGGAAAACCUUCAUUACUGCCUCCCACCGUACUAAACAUAUGAAAAUUCACAGUGGGGAAAAGCCCUUUGUGUGCAAUAUCUGUGGGAAGGCGUUUGUAUACUCCACAUCCCUUAACAUUCACAUGCGAACGCACACUGGAGAGAAACCUUACAUCUGUAAGGAAUGUGGGAAAGCGUUUGCUGUUUCCUCACGCUUAAGCAAACAUGCAAGUGUUCACCAUGGGGAGAAGGCCUAUAAAUGUGAGGGUAUCAGUGUUGCUAUUUAGCCCCUCUGUGGCCACCCUUAAAUACUGACAGUGACACCAAAGAUCAUUGGUUAGUCUUAUCUGCUUUGUGUGAGUUGUAAUGGCUCCCACUGGCAUAGGUGCCACCUGUUCAUCUGACUUUGAGUUCCCCUCUGGAACUUAUUUUUGGUAGCGCUGGGGAUGAACCCUAGAGCCUCACACAUACUAGGCAAGCACUCUUCUACUGAGCUACAUUGCUGACCCCUUAAACUGUUUCACACAUAGCUAAGUCUGAGCACUUUUGGGGGUUAUGGUGAGGUCACUACUGCAGGUUGACCUUGACUGGUGCUUGGACACCUGGUGAUGGUAGCAUUAACAAAUGCUAUGCAUGCGUGUCCAACCUUUGACUUGCUUGGCCUCAUUGAUUGCGGCACAUAUAUAAUGUAGUUAAUGUAUAUAUUUAACAAAAUUUCCUUUUAAAAAUAUUUUUAUGAUAAUACUAAAUAAAAUAAGGUAAGCAACCUGUAGUUAUAGGGUGGACCUGCCUGCAUGAGAUAACAGAUUUGGUUCUGCCCCUUGUUGGUUAACGGCUGGCUAUUCAUCUGAAAAUUCUCCAGAGCCCCAGCUGGUACAGGACCAGGUGGACUGAUGAAAGGCAUUCCUCUGGGUGUCCUUUGAGCCCAUUGAUCGUGCUAAGCAUGCCAAGAAGGAAAUGGUCCCUAUCUGUUCGCAAUGACUAGUUCACAUUUGUAACUAAUUACCCCUGUGUUUCCUUAUAAUAUCUAAGAAGUCUACCUUGUUCCCUAGAUCUAUUUUACCUGUCAUGGUUUUUUUUUUUUGGUACUGGGAAUCGAACUCAGAACCUUGCGCUUGCCAGGCAGGCACUGUGCCGCUGAGCUAUAUCCACAGCCCUAUAUCUAUUUUAGAUCCAAGUAGUAAUUCCUCUGCGAGUAUAAUCCCAUCUCUUCUCUUUUAUGUUGAGAUUGCUAAUAUCCCAGCCAUGGGUCCCAUCCUUGAUGUCUUUAUCAAAUGCUUUUUCAGCCAGACUCUUUGUAUUUUCAAUCCAAGCUUUCUGAGUUUUUGUAAGAUAAGCAGUAUGAUUUUUCCAAAUUUCCCAAUUCUGGUUCCUUUUAGUAUAACAGUUCUUUGUUGGAUUCAAGUUUUCACAUUUUACUACAUGUAAUCACGUGGAGCCAAGCUCCUCUUUUAACACUUUAAUUACAAACCUCAGAUAAAUUUUCGAUUGUUAUCACUCUUCAGUUCUACCUAUCACAGAUUGCUUGAAUAGAGCUGUAUUCCGGCAAGGUCUUCACUCACUCUACCCCACUUUCCUUUACCUCCCUCCUCCCUCCCUCCCUGUCAUCUAUCCCUUCACUUUGAUGCUGGGGAUUGAACCUAUUCUAGGUUAAGUGCUCUACCACGGAGCUACAUCAGUAGUUCUUUUUUUUUUUUUUUAAACAUUUUAUAGUACUCUGGAUUGAACCCAGUGACUUCAUGCUAAGCUGCAUUCUCACCCUUUUAUUUUUAUUCUGAAAUACACUAUCACUAAAUUGCCUUGUCUGAGUUUGAUCCUCUAGCCUGUCUCCCACAAUGCUGGGAUUACAGGCUUGCACAGCAGGCCCAGCUUUUGUUUUAAGUUUUUAGAAAGAAUCUUGGUAAAUUGCCCAGGCUAGCCUUGCACUUGUAGUCCUGGUGCCUCAGUCUGUAAGGGAGCUGGAAUUACAGGGUUGUGCUAACUCACCUGUUUUUGUGUUUCUCAUUCCCAAAUGACCAGUCACCUGUACAUUCCUUCGUGUCCUGAUUUUUUUUUUUUUUUUUUUUUUUGAGAUAGACUCUCACUAUGUAG